UGAAGAAUGGCUAUGUUUAUUGAAUACAAUUAUCAAAAUAGUCCAAAGUUGAACGGAGAAGCUGAGACACAAAGAUGUCAUCUUGCAGGUGACAUCAGUCUUUGGGAGCCAGGAAUCUACUGCCUUCUCCGCCCAGCCAGUACCUUCCCCUCCUCCCUCCAGCCCCUGGAAAGUUACUGUCCUUGAAAGAACACCAGGGCCCAAGAGCACUGCUAGCGCUCCGGUGGUGCCUGGCUCUCCCCGGGAUGGGCUUUCGCUCCUGUAGGGGGUAGAUAGCUCCCAGGUCACCAAAGCAGAUCUGCGUUGGCCUUGCACACCAAACAAACACUUCUGUUUGUGUUUUCUUUUUUGUCUGGACUCGUUCUUAGCACCUCCUCUGCCUGUGAGCGCUCUGUCACAGCACUCUGUAAGACUGGCACCCGCCGAGAUGCAGGCCCAGGGGGUCGCGGGGAGGAAGCGAGGGCGGCCGCCGCUCCACUCCACGCCUAGGAAGAUGCCAGGUCCCGGCCUUUUCUCCGCUUCUGCUGCUUCCCUACCAGCUGUGAAGAUCCCAAGGAAAAGAGGGCGGAAACGGGGACACAAGCUCAAGUCUCGGGUUCUCAUGACUCCUUUAGCCCUCUCACCCCCGAGGAGCACCCCAGAGCCUGACCUCAGCUCCAUCCCUCAAGACGCAGCCACCAUACCCAGGUUGGUGGCCCCCAAGGCACUCACAGUCUGCUUGUAUGUCAACAAGCGCGCCAACGCGGGGCCCUACCUGGAGAGGCAGAAGGUGCAGCAGCUCCCUGAGCGCCUGGGGCCCGAGCGGCCCGCGGCCGUCCUGCAGCAGGCAGUGCAAGCUUGCAUCGACUGCGCCCACCAGCAGAAGCGCGUCUUCUCCCUGGUCAAGCAGGGCCACAGCGGCGAGCUGGUGUCAGUGUCUGCGUCCUUUGAUGGAAAACAGCACCUUCGGAGCCUGCCCGUGGUGAACAGCAUUGGCUACGUCCUCCGCUUCCUGGCCAAACUAUGCCGCAGCCUUCUGUGUGAUGACCUCUUCAGCCACCAGCCCUUCCGUGGGACCCCCAGUGCCUCUGAGAAGGGCCCAGAGAGAGAGGAAGGAAGAAUGGAGUCAGCCAAGACAGUUACCAUGGAAGAAUGCCUGGGGAUCCCCGCAGGCCUGAACCGCUACAGGAUGGACCCCUGCUCCACCACUUUUAACCACAGGGGCUCUUUGCCCCCUUCCUCGCUAUACUGCAAGAAGCUCAACUCUGGAGACUGCCAUGUCGGAGGAGGCCCUGCCACCACCACCAAUGUUCCACGUAUCGGCCCCGUGUCCUCUGGAGGCUACUCAGCACCUGGACUGAGGCCUGCAGCCUCCAGCCCCAAGAGAAAUGGGACUUCUCUGGAAGGAAACAGAUGUGCCCUCGGAGCAACAUGACCAACCACAAGGUUCUCCACUGGAGAACGCUGCAGUCUCUUAAGGCGCUCGGCGAGCACGUCGCACGCUGAGCCCGCCCGCGCGCCCGAAUAGGAGCAGAUGUGCUCACUCUGUCGCUGCUCACCAUCCACCCAGCAGCUGGCUGCCCUGGCGGUGUCAGUCUGGCCCCAUCUGCCUGUGCAGCAGCUCGGGGAGGGGGUGUUUGUCUGUGAGCACAGACCCCUGUAACAGCUUUGCGGACCUGCUGCAGAAAUUUCCGUUAGUUUUCCUUUUAGUGUGAGUUUAUGAGACCCAAGGUGUGAGCUGGGCGUCCUGCUGAUCUCUGACUUGUAUGACCAACAGGCCCUCUCAGAAACGCUCCUGAGCCCACCUGGCUGCUGCACCUCUGUCCUGAAAAAGUGAAAAAUGCCCACAACAAGCUCCAGGUUGUGGGCACAGAGCGCACCUCCCCGACUCUGUUCCCUUUUCCACAGCAUCACCCAAAGGCCUCCUCCUUAAAGACAAACCAGCCCCUCUGCUGGCCCUGGAGGCUUUGGCUGAUGAGAAAGCAUUUUCCUGACCUCGCUCAAAAGACUCUAGGAUCCUGCGCGUGAUCCUAUUAAUUGGUGUAGUUUUUCUCCCUUCCUGGCAAAUAGGGAAAUUAGAUUUGACCUCUGCUCUAAUCACUCUAAAAUCAUUCUUAGACUGAAGACUCCCCGCCUUUGUGGUCAGGGCAUCUAUUACCAUCCUGAUUAACGCCCACGCUCUGGUGGGCGGACCCCAAAGACACACGUGAUUUCCGUGAUUCCUCAUCCCCAUUUUGAGUGCAGAUGCCUUUAAAUGAAGUGAAAUCAUCUUUAAUAAACAUGCAUCAGGAUUCAGAUGGCUCCGGGGUGCAUUAACACUUUCCCAGCAAAGCCCUGUGCCUAAUCACCUUAUGGGGCCCUUCAAGGUCCAAUAAGGAAAAGCCAACAAAAAUCUCAGAGUAAAUCCAAUUCUCAACCAAACCAUUAUGUAUUUAGGACAAACUAGGAAAUGUGAUGCUGCAUUUUUCUUGGCACUAGUGAAGCCCUGGUACUUCUCAAUCAUGUUAAAAAGAGGAGUGAAAAAAAAAAGAGUGAUUGUGCAAGCAGCCUAUAUGCCUGUGAACAGAUGAAUGGUUAAAAAAAUAUGGUAUAUACUGUAGUAUAUAAUGUAGUACUACUCAGCCAUAAAGAAGAGUAAAUUUGAGUCAUUAGUAAAAAAAUGAAUGGCUCUUGAGACU